AGAAGAGGGACACCACUGGGAGAGCACAGUCCAAGUUUGACGUGAUUCAACGGAGAACAUUUUCUUGGAAAGCUCUUGCUAGAGAUUGAAACAGGUCUAUUUUGGCAAGUAACUUUCAAGACUGCAGUGCAACUAGCUCUGAACAUGGCUGGUUGUCUGCAAAGGACAAGACUUUGUGGAACCCAGACACUUCUGAAGUCCCUCCUUGUAUUAUUUUCAUUAGGUCUUUGCUUCUGCAGAGUGCAAGCAGAUCCAUUUGGUUCGGCUUUCCAUUACAGGCACCGAUCUGGACCUAAUGCUGAAAACAUCUUGGUGGCCAACAAUGGGAUUAGAGUUCCUUUUGGACGCUCUGUUUAUUUGGAUCCUAUCAAUGACCUUGUCACUGAAGUGAAACCAGGAGAUCGUUGCCACAUCACAGUACUAGACAAUGACCCACUGGCACAGAGACCCGGAAUGCUGACUCCAAAGAAAUUCCCAUGUCAAUUUGGAGCUAAGGAAGUGAAAUAUACUCAUUUUGGCUCACGUAGUCCAAGCAAGGACCAGGUGAAGUUACAGCUAAGGUAUGACUCCCACACAGACACAGUGGUCAUCCCGUUCAUGCUAGAGGUAGAGGUUGUCUUCCAGCAGCUGGAGAUCUUAACCCGUAACAUGCCUCUUGUUGUGGAAAAGCUUAAUGGUCAAAGCAACCCCAUUGAUAAAAAGGGCCUGGAGUUUGCUUUUGAGGAUGGUGUCACAAAGUGCAAGGUGGCCACACUCAUUGGAACAGGUGGCCUUCCCAGGUAUGGCACUCUUUCAGACAACUCUAUUAAUGGACAGAUGGUUGACUGUGAUGAGUUUGUCAAAAAAGGUAUAAGAUACCAGCAUACUGCCACCACUAAAUCUCCUAACAGAGAUUAUAUACCAAUGAUUGUGGAAGUACAAGAUAAUGAUGGUAAUACUAUUCAACAAGAGCACUUCCAGAUCAUGGUCCGAAUAAAAGAAGGCAUUGAAAACACACCUCCAAAAGCCAGCUUUAUAGCUAUGAUGAUGAUGGAGGUUGAUCAGUUUGUAAUGACUGCCAUAACAUCUGAUAUGCUGGCAGCUGAGGAUGUGGAAUCAGUUCCUGAUGAUUUAAUCUUUAACAUAACGUCUCCCCUGGGCCAUGAGCAAGGAUAUAUUAUCAGCACAGAUAACCACAAUUUGCCAAUCACUUCUUUUUAUCAAAGAGAUGUAAAAGAUCUGAAAAUUGCCUAUAAGCCACCUACUGAAGAUUCAGAAGUAGAGAGGAUUUUUCAGAUUGAAUUUGAAAUAGUUGAUACUGAUGGGGCUGUGUCUGAUACUUUCGCAUUUAUGAUUGUUGUGAAACCAAUGAACACUUUAGCCCCAGUGGUGACCAAGAACACAGGCCAGUUGCUAUUUGAGGGUCAGUCAAGGCCUCUUUCUAGUUUUCAGAAUCUUGAAAUCAGUGAUGAGGAUAACCUUGAAGAUGUGAAGAUUACUGUAAUUGAUGGCUUGAGACAUGGUGAGCUGACAGUAUUAGGAUCUCGUCAAAAAUUCUUUACACCAGCUGAUCUAGAUUCCGGCACUGUAAUAUACCAACAUGAUGGAAGUGAUACUUACAGUGACAACAUCAUAUUUAGAAUGACAGAUGGAAAAAAUGAAGUGGAGUUUCUGUUUCCCAUUACAAUUGCCCCUACUGAUGAUGAGCCUCCCAUCAUUAAUGCUAACACUGGUAUUGUGCUGUUCAAGAAUGAAAUGAUGCAAAUUUCACCAUUUAUUUUGAGUGCUACUGACAUAGACUCAGAGGAUUCAACGAUUAAAUUUAUACUGGAGGAACCUUAUUCAGCUAUUGGUGAACUGCUUCUUAGACAAGUGGAGCCCCCUGCAGAUGCUUCUACUUGGAAAUUUAGUGAGACAGAUGAAAUGUUUGAACAGGUGGUGACAGAAUGGUCCCAGCAGGAUAUUCUUGAUGGGAAACUGUUUUACCACCACAAAGGUCCACACAGCACCACCACUGUCACUGACCUGUUUGUGUUCAGAGUUCAGGAUGAUAAUGACCCACCAAACCAAUCAGGAGAACACACAUUCACCAUUAAAAUCCAUCCAGUAGAUGAUAUACCACCAUCACUUUACCCAGACACUACCCUGCACAUGACAGUUAAAGAAUAUGAGUUGACAUUUUUGAGAAAGAAGUAUCUACGCUAUACAGACCUGGACUGUGAUGACCGGGAUCUCAAGUAUACCAUCAUUAAGCCCCCAAUAGAUACAGAUGAAAACAAUCCUGUGCCUCUUGGAGCCAUCGUACUUACUGACAGUCCUGACACUGCCAUUACAGAGUUUACUCAAGCUCAGAUAAAUCACCAUAAAGUAGCAUACAAACCCCCGGACCAGGAACUGGGUAUCACUCCCAAAGUGGUUCAGUUCACCUUUACUGUUGAGGACACUGCUGGUAACUCAGCAGAUGGCUUGUUCACAAUAUUCUUGCAGCCGGUUGACAAUAAGCCUCCUGUAAUCACCAAUACUGGUUUUACUGUGCUGGAGAGAAGUAGCUACAUAAUAACAAAUAAAGAACUGAAUGCAUCUGAUCAGGACACAGAGGAUGAUAAUAUUAUCUUUAAACUGAUCCAAAUUCCCAGAUAUGGGCAGCUACAAUAUUUAGGAAUUGAUAUGUCUAAUGGAGAAACAUUCAUGUUAGAAGAUAUUGAAAGUGGCCGGCUGGCCUAUAUCCAUGGUGGUGACGAAUCUCUCAGUGAUGUUAUCAAAAUUGAUGUCAGUGAUGGCUUUCAUGAAGUGCCCAUAGUUAUUAAAAUUAAUAUCAAGCCAGUUGAUGAUGAGAGUCCAACUAUUAUGCUGCCAGCAGGUCUUUUAGGUGCUUCAAUUGAUGUUCUUGAGAAUGGAGCUACAGAGAUCACCAGUCAUGUCAUCCAGGGCCAGGAUGAGGACACCGAUGAUCUAAUGCUGACUUUUAUAGUGGAGGAGCCUCCAAGACUAGGAGAGAUCAUGGUGAAUGGUGCUCCAGCUGAGCGAUUUACUCAGCAAGACAUUAUCAAUGGUGUGGUUGUCUACGUCCACACAAGUGGCGAGAUUGGACCCAUUAAGGAGCAUGACUCUUUCAACCUCACUAUCUCGGACCUGUCAGAUGAGUGGGUGGUAGGUGGUAACAAAGUUCAAGGAGUUCGUGUUCAUGUCACCAUCCUUCCUGUUGACAGUAUUGCCCCUGUUGUUAGUGUCGGGUCUCAGUUUGUGGUAGUGGAGGGAGAAAAGAAUGUUAUUACACUAGAGCACAUUGGAGCUGAAGAUAUUGACACGGAUAAUGAGGAUAUCCUCUGCACUAUUAUAGUCCAGUCAACAUCUGGCUACGUGGAAAACAUUUCUCCAGCCCCUGGGUCAGAAAAGUCAAGGGCAGGCACUGCUAUCACUGCCUUUAACAUCAAAGAUGUUAGUCUCAGCCAUAUCUACUAUGUCCAGAGCAUUCAUAAAGGUGUAGAGCCAGUGGAAGACAGGUUUACUUUCCACUGCUCCGAUGGCAUUAAUUUUUCAGACAGGCACUUUUUCCCUAUUGUCAUCAUCCCUGCCAAUGAUGAGAAGCCAGAAAUAUUUAUCCGUGAGUUUGUAGUCAUGGAAGGCAUGAGCUUAGUCAUAGACACUCCAAUUUUGAAUGCUGCAGAUGCUGAUAUUCCAGGUGAUGAAUUAGAAUUUGAAAUCAUCAAGAAUCCCAAACAUGGCAACAUUGUCCAACAGUUGAGCACUGGGAGUACUCCUGUAGUGAAAUUCUCCUUGGAACAGAUCAAAGAGGCAUCUAAUAUUGUUUAUGAACAUGAUGACUCUGAAACCAAAGAAGACAGUUUUGAAAUUAGACUCACUGAUGGGAAACACACUGUUGAAGAGAAGGUUCUGAUUAUGGUUAUUCCUGUUGAUGAUGAGACCCCAAGAAUGACUAUUAAUGAUGGACUGGAGGUUGAAAUUGGAGAAACUAAAGUGAUUAGCAACAGAGUCCUCAAAGCCACAGAUCUGGACUCUGAAGACAAAGAGCUUACUUACAUUGUGCGUUAUGGCCCUGGCCAAGGCUACCUUCAGAGAAUUACUAAGCAUGGAUAUGUUAUUGGCAACAUCAGCAUUGGAAUGAAUUUCACACAAGAUGAAAUUGAUAAACAGCUCAUUCAAUAUGUCCAUACUGGUCAAGAGGGCAUUCGUGAUCUUCUAAAGUUUGAUGUCACUGAUGGUAUCAACCCUCUUAUUGACCGCUACUUUUAUAUCAACAUUGGCAGUAUUGAUAUGGUCUUCCCUGAUGUCAUCAACAAAGGGGUGACCCUCAAAGAAGGAGGCAAAGUAACCCUCACCACGGACCUCCUCAGUACAACAGACAUUAAUAGUCCUGAUGAAUACCUUAGUUUUACCAUCACACGUGCUCCUAGCAGGGGUCACCUAGAGAGCACUGACCAUCCUGGUGUACCAAUAUCCACCUUCACCCAACUGCAACUGGCUGGUAACAAAAUCUACUACAUACACACCUCUGAUGAUGAAGUGAAGAUGGAUAGCUUUGAGUUUGAGGUUACUGAUGGUUACAAUCCAGUAUUCCGCACUUUCCGGGUGUCCAUCACUGACGUGGACAACAAGAAGCCAGUCCUGACUAUUAAUAAACUGGUGGUGGAAGAGGGUGAAACAAAACUCAUCACACCUUUUGAGUUGACAGUGGAAGACCGUGACACUCCAGACCAUCUAUUGCGUUUUGUGAUUACUCAGGUGCCAGUGCAUGGUCAACUACUGUACAAUGGGACUCAGGUCAUUACAACCUUCACCAAGCAAGACCUAAAUGAGAACCUAAUUAGUUAUAAGCAUGAUGGCACUGAAACCAACGAGGACAGCUUCUCCUUCACUGUUACUGAUGGAACUCACACAGACUUUUAUGUUUUCCCGGAUACAGUCUAUGAGACACGUAAGCCUCAGAUGAUGAUCAUCCAGAUUAACACAGUGGACAAUGGCAUGCCUCAACUUGUUGUCAACAAAGCUGCAUCAACCCUCAGAGUUCUUCAUACUGGGCAUCUUGGAUUUUUAAUUACCAGCAAAGCUCUGAAGGCUGAGGACAGAGAUAGCCCAAAUAAAGUUUUGAAGUACUCUGUGUCUGAGGCACCUCUACAUGGCUUCAUCAUGAAUGCUGCUAUGGGCAAUGACAGCAUCAAGACCUUCUCACAAGCUGAUAUUGAUGACAUGAAGAUCUACUAUGUGUUACUUGAUACAUCCAAUGCCACAAGUGAUAUUUUCUACUUCACAGUGGAGGACAAUGGGGGCAACAAACUAAAGGCACAGCCGUUCCGCUUGAACUGGGCGUGGAUCUCUCUGGAGAAAGAGUACUACUUGGUAGACGAGGAUGCAAAGUUCCUGGAGGUGACGCUCAAACGGAGAGGAUAUUUGGGAGAGACAUCAUUUGUCAGCAUCGCCACUAAGGAUGGCACAGCUGAAAAAGACAAGGACUUUCGUGGAAAAGCCCAGAAGCAGGUCCAGUUUAAUCCAGGCCAGACUACAGCUACCUGGAGAGUGAAGAUCUUCACUGACCAGGAGUUUGAAACCUCAGAAACCUUUGAGAUCCAACUUUCAGAACCAGUUAUGGCAGUUCUAGAGUAUCCAGAUAAAGCCACUGUGGAGAUUGUGGACCCUGGUGAUGAGUCCACUGUAUUCAUCCCUCAGUCUGAAUACCUAAUAGAGGAGGACAUUGGAGAGUUGCUGGUUCCUGUACGCAGAUCUGGAGAUGUUAGCCAGGAGCUUAUGGUCAUUUGUUACACAGAGCAAGGCAGUGCCACGGGGACCAUCCCCAGCACAGUGCUCUCAUACUCUGACUACAUCACUCGGCCUGAGGACCACAGCAGCGUGCUGCGCUUUGACAAGGAUGAACGGGAGAAGCUAUGCCGCAUCAUCAUCAUCGAUGACUCGCUGUAUGAGGAAGAGGAAAGCUUUAAUGUGUCAUUGAGCAUGCCAAUGGGAGGUCAGGUGGGAGCCAGCUUCCCUAGUGCCAAAGUGAUCAUCCUGACAGACAUCAAUGAUGAGCCAGCUAUGUAUUUUGGAGAGAUGGAGUACACAGUGGAUGAGAGUGCUGGCUACGUGGAGGUAUUAGUAUGGAGGACCGGUACUGACCUCUCCAAGACGGCUACAGUGACCGUGCGCUCUCGGAAGACGGAGCCCGUCUCAGCUGAAGCUGGUCUGGAUUAUGUUGGCAUCAGUCGCAACUUGGAUUUUGCUCCUGGCGUCACCAUGCAGACAUUCCGUGUGACCAUCCUGGAUGAUUUGGGCCGUCCAGAGCUAGAAGGGCCAGAGAAAUUCGAGCUGGUAUUGCGCAUGCCCAUGAACGCUGUGCUGGGAGAGCCGAGCAAGACUGUCAUCACCAUCAACGACACUGUUACUGACCUUCCCAGAAUGCAGUUUAAAGAGGCAGAGUAUAAGGUGGACGAAGCUGAUGGACAGGUGAAGGCCAUCGUGUACCGCAGUGGUGACAUUAGCCAGAAAUCCACUGUUCGCUGCUACACUCGCCAAGGAUCUGCCCAGGUCAUGCUGGAUUACAAUGAGCGACCCAACACUGAUGCAUCCAUUAUUACCUUCCUGCCAGGUGAGAAUGAGAAGCCAUGUGUGGUCACUUUGUUGGACGAUUCCAUUCACGAAGAUGAUGAGGAGUUCAGACUCGUUCUGGGAACACCCAAAAGCAAGUCACAGUACGGAGCUGCGCUUGGGGAGCAGAAGGAAACUCUCGUCACCAUCACUGACAAGAAAGACAAGUCUAUUAUUAGAUUCUCUGAGGUUAAGUACAGCAUACAGGAGCCUCAGGUUCCUGGAGAGAUUGCUGUGGUGAAGAUCCCUGUUGUCCGUCUGGGUGACACCUCCAAGGUAUCGGUGGUUAGAGUCCACACCAAAGAUGGCUCUGCUACAUCAGGAGAGGACUACAACCCACUGUCUCAAGAUGUGGAGUUUAAAGAAGGUGAGACGGAGCAUGUGGUGGAGGUCCAGGUUCUAUAUGAUGGACAGAGGGAAAUCCGUGAGGCCUUCACUGUCCACUUGAAGCCUGAUGAAUACAUGGUGGCUGAGACACAGAUGAGCAAAGCCAUUGUGUACAUUGAGGAGAUGGACAGUGUAGCUGAUGUUACUUUCCCAGCGGUGCCCCAGGUGGUGUCCCUGCUCUUGUAUGAUGAUACAGCUCGGGCAAAGGAGCAUCCAUACCCGUCAACAGGCUACCCUGUAGUAUGUGUGACUGCCUGCAACCCUAAAUACUCUGACUUUGACAAGACUGGUUCUAUCUGUGCUGUGGAGAACAUUAACGACACCCUGACUCAGUAUCGCUGGCUUGUCAGUGCCCCCACUGGGUUGGAUGGAGUCACCAGUCCCAUGCGUGAGGUCGACACCAACACCUUCUUCACCAAUACCAAAUCCAUCACGCUGGACUCCAUUUACUUCCAAGCAGGCUCACGUGUGCAGUGUGCUGCCCGGGCUUUUAAUGCUAAUGGAGAUGCCGGGCUGGAGCUCAGUUCCCCUAUUGUGAUCAUCAGCCGGGAGGAGGGUCUUUGCCAGCCUCGCAUUCCUGGAACUGUUGGUGCGGAGCCAUUUUCAGCAAAAAUCCGUUACACUGGACCCGAUGACCCUGACUACCCCAACCUCAUCAAACUAACUGUCACCAUGCCACACAUGGACGGCAUGCUGCCGGUCAUCUCCACACGCCCUCUCUCAAACUUUGAGCUGACUCUGAGUCCGGAUGGUACGCGGGUUGGGAACCACCGCUGCUCCAACCUGCUUGAUUUCAAUGAGAUCCAGACAGGUCAUGGCUUUAUCACAGAUGCCACCAAGAACCCAGAGAUCAUUGGUGAGACGGCACCCUACCAGUACAGUGUGUUCAUGCGCAAUGCCAACUCUCUACGAUUCUACCGCAACCUGAACCUAGAGGCCUGCCUGUGGGAGUUCAGCAGCUACUAUGACAUGUCUGAGCUACUCAAUGAGUGUGGAGGAUCCAUUGGCACUGAUGGACAGGUCCUGAACUUGGUCCAGUCCUAUGUCACCCUGCGUGUGCCUCUCUUCGUGUCCUAUGUGUUCCACUCUCCUGUAGCAGUUGGUGGCUGGCAGCAUUUCGACCUGCAGUCAGAACUACGACUCACCUUUGUGUAUGAUACUGCCAUUUUGUGGCAGGAUGGCAUCGGUAGUCCACCUGAGGCUGAACUCCAAGGUAAUCAGUCUAACAAAUGUUUUUGUGCCAUGUAUCCUACCAGUAUGAGAAUCAAUGAGGAGGGUCGCCUGGUGGUCAACUUCAAGACUGAGGCUCGAUUCAGGGGACAGUUUGUCAUGUCUCACCCAGGAAGCAGUCUCUCGUCCAUGGUGAUGUGUGCUGAUCACCCUGGUCUUACAUUUACUCUGUCUCUGGUCCGAACUGAGCCGACUUACAACCAACCAAUGCAGCAGUGGAGUUUUGUUUCUGACUUUGCUGUUAGAGACUACUCUGGCACCUACACAGUGAAGCUGAUUCCAUGCAUUGCUUCUCCUAAUGGAGAGUUUAGUAUUCCACCCGUGUGCCAUCCCCGAGAACCUCUGACAUUUGACAUGGACAUCCGCUUCCAGCAGGUGAGUGACCCAGUGGCUGCCGAGUUCAGCCUGAACACUCAGAUGUUCCUACUGUCUAAGAAAGAAAUCUGGGUAUCUGACGGCUCUAUGGGCUUUGCAGAAGGCACUGAUGCUGCUUUCACUGAAGGCUCCACCAUUUAUGGACGCGUGAUGGUGGACCCAGUGCAGAACUUGGGAGAUUCCUUCUCCUGUAGCAUAGAGAAGGUUUUCCUCUGUACAGGAACAGAUGGCUAUGUGCCAAAAUAUAACCCCACCAAUAAAGAAUAUGGCUGCCUGGCUGAUGCCCCCUCACUGCUCUACAGAUUCAAGAUCCUGGACAAAGCCCAGCCUGAGACCCAGGCUACCUCAUUUGGAGAUGUGUGGUUUGAUGCUACACUGGCAAUAGAUACUCCAGGAGGCGUUCCUCUUGCCCGCCAGCCUGGAUCAGAUGGGUUCACGUUGUCCUCAUCCCCUCUUUUCCAGGUUGCCGCUGGUCGGGAGUGGUUCAUCCAUGCUAUAUAUACCGUCCGCUCUAGAGAGAAUGCUAUCCGUGGCAUCGGUAAGAGAAGUCUGGAGUACCACCAUGGCAUUUCAUCUGUCCUUCCAAAUUCUGGUGACAUGACCCGGAACCGCCGUGCUGUGCCUGACCCAGAGGUCUUGGACAUUGGUGUGGAGAAAAGCCGUGGUACUAAUAUCCAGCAUAUUGCCCUGGACCGCUCUGACCGGCUCAGAGUGAGCCAGAGACAGCCAUGGGGCGGAGAAACUUACAUAGAGCGCCCCCUGGUGGAGGGGAGCUUGGGUAAAGAACCUGGCAUUGACUCUGUUCUACCUGCUGGCAUGCCCACACUGUUGGGAGUGGCUGGAUUAAUCCUUCUAGUGUGUCUAGUGGUAAUUCUAGUGGCUCUCUUACUAAGGCAUAAGAGGAAAGAGAAAAAGUAUCCACCCUACUCUACUUCUUCUUGCUCUGCCUAUGGCAGUGGCAGCAACAGCAGAGAGACUGCAGGCACAAGAUACAGUGGGGACAGCUCUGAGGUUUAGACAUCAGCCAUGAGGCAUUUCUUGGUCCUUCAUAUGGUUUGACAUGCCUGUUAUGAGUGUCCCUUCAACCCAUGAGAGAAGAGGACAUGUUAGAUUCAGAAUGAAGUAACAGCACAAAAGAAGCAAAUUCUUGGAGUGUUCACUUUACAAAUGACUUUGCUUUCCAUUUCAGUAUACACUCCUCAGCUUAACCCACUUUGGCUUGUAUUCAUACAUCCGAUUUCCAAAUAAUUGGGCGAAAUUUAUUCAGAAGAAAUUGCUCAUAAUGCUGAUAAACAGUAAAUCUGUGCUUUGCAGGAUAUUUUAUCCUGGCAUUAGG